GUAUACAUCAAAAUGAUUGUAUUUAAAAUUUUUAUUUCUGUUAUUGUAUAUACUAAAUGUUCUAUUUCCAUGGACCCUUUAGAAUUACAUUGCAAUUUCUCUAAAUAUUUUUUUAAUUAUUUCAAAUACAGUGAGCAGUAUUUAGUUAACUUCGAAAAUACAAUUUCUGAACUGGAAUUAAGAAAUUAUGGUUUAGCAAUUAAAUCUCAUGAUGAAAUCAUAAUGAUCAUGUUAGAUGCGUUAUGGGAUAUGGACGAAAUGUAUAUAGCAGAAGAUUUAAUGACCAUAAAUUUAUACUUAAACAAUGUUUCGGGAUCUAUAAACAUGAUCGCUAAAAAUGAAAAUGGUGAAUUUAGUAGAACUGAAAGCUCGCAGAAUUUACUUCAAGGCUAUAAAUUAAUUAAUCGAUCAAUUGUUGAACGAUUGGAAUACUUUAUUAACAGUAAAUGUUCAGAUGUAUCGUUUAAUAAUAACUUCAUAGCAUACACUCAUUUUAAGGUACCGCCAAUUAGUUAUAUGCCAGAUAUUUUGCUUCGUGUUUUGAAACAAUUAAAAAAUAACAUAUUUAUUGUUAUGAACGAAUAUUUAUUAUGGUACGAUGCGGACGAUACUGAAAUAUUAAAAAGUUAUACUGUCAUUGUGAAACAUUUAGCGUUGUCAUUUCGUAAGCAAUCAUAUAAUAAUUUUAAUCCAAAAAAAUUCUUAUUUUAUGAUUUAAUGGAAACCCGAUCUAAUUUUUGUGAGCUAGAAUUAUCGACAGGAUCUCAGGCAAAACAAACAGCCAGUUACAUAGAAAAUAAGGAAUUUAAUGAUGUAUUAGACAUAAUGGGAAUUUUUCAUAUUAAAAAAAAUGUUUCAAGUAGAUAUUUAAUGGAAAAUAGACCACGUUAUUUAAAACUAGACUUGUCAUCAGGUUCUGAUGCUGAACAAUAUUUUAGAAAUAACUGUGACAAACAACUUAAUGUUGUAUUAGACAUGGUUCGAUAUGUGCCGUUAAUAAUAAGGAGUACUAAUAAUUAUCAAAUAAAGUUAUUUGAUGUGUUUCGUUUCAUCAAGUUCGAUUUUAACUUGAUAAAUAUACAAAUGUUUGAAAAUUUAGUUAAUACAGCAACAGUUCGCCCAAUUAUGUUGAUUGCAAGUUUUUAUUUUUCAUUAGUUAGAAAAUUUCUUUUACUUAAUAAGUUUAAGAAUAUGAAAUUAAAACAGGUUCUGGAAAAUUUAAUCAUUGAAAUGGGUCAACAUAUUGUUGAAAUCAUGAAAUUUUUUAUGGAUUUGAAUUUAUUUGAAAAAAUAAUUACAAAUAAAAUUGAGUUUAUUUUUAAUAUAAUGCACGAACUUGUUUCAUCCUUCAAAGAACGUAAUAAAUUGUUUACAAGUAGAGAAGCGCAUAAACUAAUAAAAGUUUGCUAUGAUUUUAUGAGAUAUAACGCUAUAAGUACUAAAUUUAUUCAAUUACAUUAUGCAAAUGUCACAGAAAAUAAUAUUAUCAAUAUUUUUUAUUUGGCUGUUGCAGAAGUAAAUAAAAUUGCCUUAUUCAUUUUAGCAAUAAAAAAAUAUCAGUAUUGUUAUAAGACUGCAAAAAGAUGUAUCCCUAUAAGACACAUAAAAUUUUAUAGAAUUAAAAAUACUCUCAAGUAUAAAAUUCCAAUCGAACAAUUAGGAAAUUAUGAAGACAUAUAUCGACAACUUUAUUUCCCCGAUGAUAAUUCAAGUUAUAUAAAUAAACAUUAUAGUCAUAGUUCGAGUGAUGAAAAUGAUGAGAUGAAUAAUGAUGACAAUAAGGAUUUUGAAGUAGCAAGUCAGAAAUAUUAUACUCCUAAAUAUCUAGUGGAUUAUUUACUUUAUGAAUAGUUUUUAAAGUUAAUUUACUUUAUGUGAAGUUUAUUUAAAUCUCAUAUACAGUAUUUAGAACACACAUUUAAAUAUAAUGUAACAUGUACAUUUAGAUAAUUAAAUAACAAAUAACAAUACAUUACUAAAUUUUCAAAUCAAUUAAUAAAAAUUUAU